AAGAGGCGGAAACUAUGGAACUUAUUGCGAAUCUUGACAUUGAUGGUGUGCCCAAGAUCCUCGACGUUUUUGAGGACUGUGAUGCGACCUAUAUCGUAUCCGAACUUGGUGGUUUAGAUCUUUACGAGUGGCUCCGACGGCGAUCUACAGUUCGGGAAGAUGCCACUAUUCUGUCUGUCAUCAUGCAAUUAUUGACGAUUUUAGAUUCUCUUCAUGGUUGGGGUAUUUCCCAUAAUGAUAUCAAGUUGGAGAACAUUCUUCUCAACGACUCUGGUGACGUGCAUUUAGUUGAUUUCGGAAGCGCA